AGGGCUCUAGAGGCCACCUACAGACUGUGAGCCUCGCCACUCUCCGGCGCACCUCCAAGGUCAGGGUCACCUCGAGACUCCUGGCAACCUGUCACCUUGACGACCUGCGGAAGAAACCGGAAGGGCCGGAAGCCGUCGGAUUAUCUCGCGAUAACUGGGUCCCGGCGCCGGCCUUCCCGGCCAGGGCCUCGCUUCCGGCUCUCGCGAGACUUGCCGGGAGUCGGAGCGCGGGGGCCGGCAGAGAGGGGAGCUGGAGCUGCGGGUGGGGAACAUGUCGGAGUCGGAGCUCGGCAGGAAGUGGGACCGGUGCCUGGCGGAUGCGGUCGUGAAGAUCGGUACGGGUUUUGGAUUAGGAAUUGUUUUCUCACUUACCUUCUUUAAAAGAAGAAUGUGGCCACUGGCCUUUGGUUCUGGCCUGGGCCUGGGAAUGGCCUACUCCAACUGUCAGCAUGAUUUCCAGGCUCCAUAUCUUCUACAUGGAAAAUAUGUCAAAGUAUGUACAGAAUUUAUUUCUCUCUUUCUUUCAGAAGAAAAAGAGCUUCCUUCUGAGCCCCUGAAGAUUUCUUUAGGGUGUAUGUAAUGAAUCAACUGUGUAUGUUAUUGUGACACCACUGAGAUCCUGAUUGCUCUUUGGCCUUCAGUGAUGUCAACACUGCUUUGGUGCUAAAAGUCCCUCCCCUGGGCCUUCAGAUGCAGGUGUGCAUUCAGAUACAUGCUUAUAUGUUAGCUGAUUGGAAUCCCGCCUAAAUAU